AUGAAACGUCGGAUCGCCUCCCUUCCCCCCGUAGCCCAGGAAACGUUCAACGAGAAAGUCCUCGCCGCCAAAGCGACUUCCACCGCAGCCGCCGCCAAGGCCUCGUUCGAAAAGAGCUGCACCGCCUGCCAGAAGACCUUCUACAGCGAGAACUCGUACCAGAACCACAUCAAGAGCUCGAAGCACCGAUCGCGCCAGGCGCAAUUCAACCGCAACAAUGCCGACGAUGCCUCGUCCGUCAUGAGCUCGACGUUCUCGCUCGGCGAGCCGAUCAACAAGCCGCGCGAACAGACUGAGGUGUCGAAGAUCACGCAGGGCAUGAACGCCGCCACGAUCAAGGAAGACGAGGAUGAGGACGCGAUGGACGAGACGGCGGACGACGGCGAAUUCUCGCCCGCCCGCUGCCUCUUCUGUCCCGUCAAAUCUGCCGACAUGCAGGAGAACGCUGACCACAUGCUCAAGAGCCAUGGCAUGUUCAUCCCCGAGAAGGACUUCCUCGUCAACAUGGAGGGUCUCCUGCAUUACCUGCACCGCAAGAUUAACGAGAACAGCGAGUGUCUCUACUGCCAUGCCAUCAAGAACAGCCCCGCCGGCAUCCGCACCCACAUGCGCGAUAAGGGCCACUGCAUGAUUGCCUUCGAGACCGAGGACGAGCAGAUCGAGAUCGGCCAGUUCUACGACUUCCGCAGCACCUACUCCGACGACGACGAGUGGGAGGACGACGAAGACGAGGACGAGGAGAUGGUCGAGGAGGGUGCCGGCGGCGUCAAGGUCGUCGGCGAGGAAGACGGCUGGGAGACCGAGGACUCGGCCUCCGUGGACGGCGACGAGGUGCUUCCCAAGAACGCCCCCGUCGUCUACAAGACCGACUACGAGAUGCACCUGCCCUCCGGCCGCAGCGUCGGCCACCGCUCCCUCGCCCGCUACUACCGCCAGAACCUGCACAACUACCCCACCGCCGAGGAACGCGCCGAGCGCCAGCUGGCCAUCGAGAACGGCGAGAUCGAGGAGGACCAGCCCAAGCCGCGAGGCCGCAACCUCAACCGCGCCGUCAUCAGCCGUGCCAACGGUGGUUCCGGUAUGAUCGGCGCCACGGACACCCAGAAGCAGAUUGCUGCUGCGUCGGAGAAAAAGGAACGAACCAGGGCCAUCCGGCAAGAACAGAGAGUUACGGCUCGGGUGCAACGCGCCGCCAAUCACCAGAAGCAUUUCCGGGAUCCCCUCCUGCAAUGA